CGCGUCUGUACACGGAAGUAAGGCGCUGUAAACAGAGACGGCAGCGGGUCUCUAUCUGUGUAAACUUUCUGCAAUAACACACACCUGCUGCGUUUCACCAUAGUUUGGCGUGUUAUCUUGUUUGUAGCUGGGGUUUGACUGAGGCCUGGCUUCAUGGCGAGUGUCGGGAAAUCAACCAGCAGGAUUAACAAACGAGAAACGAGAUCUCCGUCAGGUGUGUGGGUUUGUGGUUUGUCUCGUCCUCCUCUCCUCUGGUGUGUCAGAUAAGAAGCUGCUGAGAAGCUGUGAGGAGAUCUCAUCAUCAUCCUCAUGUGUGGGUGAGGAAGAUCACAGUUCCGCUCUGAACGGACACGAUAUCCAGAGUCUGGCCAUCACAGCUCAGGACCUGGAGAGGCUGCGAGUCCCUAAACCUCCUUCCGAUUCCCAGAAGCCCAAAUCGAUGACCCGUGUGUAUGUCCGUAGGACACGCCCCCCAGAAGAGGUCAGCAGAGCGAUUAGAGUCACUGUAGCGAGGCCCCUCCCACUGGACGUUCCCCCGCCCCAUCUAUUUGAAUAUGCAGGUCCCGGUGGGCCGCGGUUUGACGUGCAGGGGAUGGUGCUGCCGCACAGCAUUCUGGGAAGCCUGGAGGAUUUCAGGACAGAGAUGCAGCUGCGAGGAGAGACAGAGCUGGAGCAGCGGAUUCCAGACAGACAGAAGCGGCCCCCUCUGUGGGUGGAGGAUGAGAAUGAGGACAAUAAGGCUGGAGUUCAUUCAGAAAUGGGGCGAGGCCAUCAGAGCCACGCCCUCCAGCACUGGGGCCGUCACAUGACAGAGAGACGCAGACAGCAGGACUUCAUCUCCCGGUUCCUGCAGAAGCCGGCGGGGUCUUUACUGAUGAACCGCUCCAGCACAUUCAGACGGGUUCAGGAGCAGAGGGAUCUGAUCAGCACAGCGCUGCCCGCUCUCAGCGCAGGACAUGGUCAUCGUGUGGGCAGCGAGUUCUGGAGCGUCCCGCAGACUUACGGGGACGAGAUGAGCGGGAUCACAGCCACUCUCACCCAAACCGAGAGAGGAAAGCGUCCCGCCGUCACACGCGUGGCUCAGCCGCUCAGCACACGCCUGGAGUCAGGUAAUGUGGCGUGUGAGGCGGUGAGCGGCGGCUGGGAUCAGAGUUUGUACCUGCAGCAGCGUCUUCGUGAGCUCAAGGACGUGCUGAGAGACUUCAGUCCUCCUGAGGCUGAUGGUCUGGAGGUGGUCGGGUCUGGUCUUCCUGGUCUUCCCGUCUCUUCACGUUCUCCUCUGCCGGAUGAGAGAGAAGACGAGGAUGAAGAGCAGAAGGAGAACCAAGCUCCUCUGGCGCUGUAUGAGGACGUGCUGAUGGACGUGGAGCUGCGUCCCGCUCUCAGGGUUUGUGGAGAUCUGGCGCUCUGGACCGGCAGCACUUCCUCCCACCAGGGGCAGGAGGGCGUCUCUGUCAGGUUGAUGUUUGAGACGGUCACAGGACAGAGUGUGAGCGCUGAUCUGGAGUUAAAAAAUGAAGGAAGUACCACGAUCUACUACAGCUGGGAGAGACUGACACAAACACACACACUCACUCAACACUUCUACUUCAACAACACUACAGCGGUGAUUCUGCCCGGCAGCACUAAACACAUCAGCUUCAUCUUCAAGAGCGCGUCUGCGGGCAUCAUGACCGAGGCCUGGCGUCUGAACACACACCCGGUGCUGAUGGGCGGAGCUUCACUGCGGCUCACUCUGAGGGGCGUGGCUUUAGAGCAGGACAACAGCGCCCAGCAGAGAGCCGCACUGGAGAAGGAGCUGGAGCAGAAAGCGUCCGUGUCUCUGUGUGGACGAAUCGUCAGGGAUCUGCUGAGAGGAGUUCACACUCCAGAACGGCCCAGUUCUCCUGCUGAUCUAUACAUCACAGACGAGGAGCUGUUCAACACACUCAACCCUCACCUGCAGUACCGGCGUGAGCCUGUGGAGGCGCUGCGGGGCUUAUGGGAGCAGGUCAAUGGGUCAGGAGAUGGGCCGCCGUGGGAUCUGUCACUGAACACACUCAGACAGGCGCUUUUGUCCGUGUCUGAGAGCGACGGUGAGAGCAGAGAAACGAGUCUGAGCCACUUUAACACACUGGUCCUGGAGCUGCAGCGGCCGCAGAUACACAGCUCACCUGUGACAGCGCAGGACGUCAGUGUGCAGUUAUGGAGGGAGCUGCUGGACGGUUUGGUGUGUGAGUCUAUGAGACUGAGACACUCGCUGGGCCUUCAGGAGAACAACAGCUGGACCGACACCUCUGAGCAGGAGGAGGAGGAGCGGAGAGGAGGUGCACUGCUGCUGAAGGGCGAGAGGAGACGAGCGAGUGUCAGAAGGCUGGAGGAGACCAGAGCAGUGCAGGAAGGUGGGAGCAUGAGGAAUCAUGUUUCAGAGGAGAGGAAGACAGACUCCAGCUUUACUACUGAUCCCUCACACACACUACAGGACACAUACAGAGCGCUGCUGCACACACAGGUGUAUGUGCUGAUGGAGAGGAUGAUGGAUUCUCUGUGUGAUUUACUCGAUGACACUCAACACACUCCUCAGACAGCAUAUUAAUACUUCUGUCUGUCUUCAUUUCUCUAGUUACAUUCUGACUAAAGUGUCAGAUCUUAAUUGCACAUGUCAGUAAAUGUAAUUUUGCUCUCCAUAAGAACCUUUGAUGUGUUUCUGGAUGUGUAGUCGUUCUAAAACAACUAAAAUUGUUACAUUUAACUCUGGGAUGUUUCAGUUCAUGAUUUAUGAGAUAAUCUAUGAGCUUGUCCAUUACCAAAUGGCUGAAGGUUGUAACCUACUGUAUCUAUCUGACCGUCUUUAUUAAUAACCAUUCAAGAUCAUCUGUAUAUUUCUGUUAAAACAUUUUAAAGACACUGUUAAACAUUUAAAUUGCAAAUACUUCAGAAAACUGCAGCAACAUACAUAUUUUGUAUAUAAAAUAUGCAAUAUGCAGAAAAUAAAAUAAUUAAAAUAAAGAGAUUAUUUACUCAUUUAUUUUAUUUAUUUAUUUGUAAUACAGCAUAGCAGACCAAAUGGUUAUAAAUAUAUAAGUAAAAUACAUUUUUUUUUUUUGUUUGUUUGUUUUGCUUUGAGAUAGGUAACUCUUCCUUUAAGUAUUACCUAAUUAAAUAGAUCGGAAAACAUCUAUUUUUAAUUCCUGAUAGCACAGUACAUCAUAGAAACAUAUUAUAUGUUAAGGAAGGUAACACCAGUGACAAUUUUCAUGAAAAAAAUGCAUUUUACAAAAUGUCUGCUGCAAGGUAUCAAGCCACAUGUUGUCAAUCAAGGUAUACUCACUAAAUUAAGUAGUUUAAUCCAUUUGUAUUAUAGUUUUUUUUUUUUUUUUUUACAAUUCCCUAACAAUAAAUAGGUCACACCAGUGACAUCAACUAAAAGCUUCAUAUGAAAUCAUGAGAUAAAUGAGAAAAUUUCUGAUAACUGAAAAGAAACAGUGGACUAAACAUGGAUGUUUUUCAUAGUCGAGUGAUGUCAUCAUCAGUGUGAUUUUUUAUUCCAAAAUAAAAGACUUUUGUUCAGCGGUAACACCAGUGACACGACUCCAGGGGAC